AUGUCAAGUAAUAUUGAGAAUAAACAACAAAGAGUAAAGUCAGUUGUAGAUGAUGAGGAUAAGACAUUCUAUGAGAUACUUGGUGUUUCACCAACUGCAUCAGACUCUGAGAUCAAACGUGCAUAUUAUAAACUAGCCAAAGAGGUACAUCCCGAUAAGAAUUCAUCGGAGGAAGCUAAAGAGCAAUUCCAAAAGCUUGGUAGAAUAUAUAAUACAUUAAAGGAUCCAAAGUCAAGACAAUUCUAUGAUGAGCAUGGUGAUGUAGAUUCUACAAGUUUGGAAGGAUUCUCUGGAAAGGACUUGUAUGAAGCAUGGCUGAAACAAUAUGAUAUUGUAAGGUUGACUGAGGAUAGGAUCAAUGACUUCUUCAAAGAUAUAGAAAAGGAGAAGAAGAUGAGUGGAUCAUUGGUAUCGAGCAUAGAAGAGAAAGAACUAUUGGGAUUCUAUCACAAGAAGAAAGGUGAUAUGAAGUUGUUGAAGGAAUUCGUAUUCAAUUGUGAUAGUAGGAAGGAUAUUAUAAGAAUGUGCGAUCAUCUGGCCAAUCUGAUAGCCAACAACAAGUUGGAGUCAUAUCCAAUGUUUGCCAAGACUGCUACAUUGUCGCCAAAGUCUGCUGUUGCUGCUACAUCAACUUCAAAUGCAAAGACAUCAAGUAGAAAAGCAGCGGCCAAACAAAAAGUGGUGGAGGAAGAGGAAGAGGAUGAGGACCAAGGCGAGGAGUUAAUGGAUGAAGAUGAAGAUGAAGAUGAGGAGGAACUUGAGUCCGAAGAUGAUGAGGUGGAGGAGGAGGAGGAGGAGGAGGAGGAAGUACAUCACAACAAAAGAAAACAGGCCAACAACAAGAGAGGAGGUAGAGGUGGAGGAGCAGUCAAUCAGAAAAAGGUUGGAAGGAAUGUUGUACCGCCCAAGAGAUCCAAUCAAACACCAACUAACAACAACAACUCAACAGUAGCUGCAAAGAAACGAAUGCAAAGCCCAGGCAAGGGCAGCAGAGGUGGAAGAUCAUAA